UGUUGCUCUUGCUGCAUGGAGGAACGCUAACAACAAUACCGACGAUAAUUGCAGUCACUUGAUCACCCAAUAUAACAACAUGUCUUUAAUCAUUCAGAUGAAUCAGCAGAAAGCAUUGUUUCUGCUUCCCGUUACACUCUUAAUUGCAGCAAUAACACUGUUUGGGUUUAUUGGAAACGCAUUCGUGUUCUAUAUAUACAGAACAAAGUUCAAGAAAUCCACUGGGAAUUUUUUCAUUGUUGCUCUUUCUAUACUGGACAUCCUCAGCUGUGUUAUAGCCUGUCCAUUCGAGAUUUUCGACAUGUCUCAACCGUAUUUCACCGGCAACAUCGUCUGCUGUAAAGUGUUUCGCUUUAUUGAGCUAAUCUUGAACUGUGCAGCCGGUGUGAUGCUGGUCCCCAUUGCCAUAGACAGACACGCCAAAGUAUACAAUCCUCUAGAGUAUCAGACUAUAGGACAGGCCAGGAACAAGAUCAUUGUAACUAUAGCUCUUUCUGUCAGCUGUGCUUGGCCACAGUUGGCACUGUCUGGAACGAGAAUUGUGCAGACCGGCUUGGAGUGCGUCGUGGGAGAAGACUGUUCCAUUGCUAGCGAAUUUGAAGGAUCCGUCUACACCCUUUUAGCUUACUUUUGGCAGUAUUUUGUGUUCCUUGCAUCACUACUUUGCAUCGUAAUAACGUAUGCCCAUAUCGUCUUUAUCAUUGCCAAUAGACGAAAAACGGUCACUGGGAAACGGAAAAAGGUUGUCACGCCACAAAAGAGUGUGGUACCUGAUCCAGAAUUCAAAAUUCAUGUAUCGGCAGGAAGUAAAAAGAUCCGAGCCAACAAGACAACGGUGCUCAUGAUCGCUGUUACCACAAGUACCAUACUCAGUUAUGUCCCUUACCUUUCGGUAGAAGUAAUGAAGCACAACAGUAUCAUAUUCAAGCCCGGAAUGUCCGCCGCAUUGGAUAUACUGAGUGAAUUCUGCUUUAAAUCUUACUUUCUGAGUAGAGUCAUCAAUCCCAUUAUUUAUUUUGCCAUUGAUUACAACUUCAGACGUGAAUGUUUCGCUUUGGUCAAAUGGUCAGCAAAAUAAAUAAAUGUAUUGACUCAACAAAAUGAUUUUACGAUAUUUUCUAACA